UGCCUUGGUGCGUGUCCGUGAUUCUUUUGCCUCCCUCCCUCCACUUUACUCCUUUUCUUUUUGUCUGCUCUUUACUGUUAUUACUUACGUAUUUCCCGGGUGGAAACAGCCAACGGAGCUCCCCGAGAGAGCUCUCGCGGCAAAUGGACGGCUCGGAUCGCGUUCUCAAGCUCGCUGAUUGAUCUCUGCACGUUUUCUGGAGGAGGAUCAGAUGCUUUCAUUUGUUAUUUGAUCUUGUUUAAUCAUUUUUCAAUAUGUUCAAAUGUGUGGCGCGCUGUUUAGCCUAAGCUCGUUAAAGCUUGUUUGCUUAAGUGGAAAAUUUUCCCAUUGACUGAGGCAGACAGGCAGUUGUCUGGAAAUGGAACUAAUGGAAUCUUGUGAUUGCAUUGACACGCCAUGCCCUGGUGAAGAACUCUUAGUGAAAUAUCAGUAUAUCUCAGAUGUCUUAAUUGCUCUUGCAUACUUCUCCAUUCCCCUGGAACUUAUAUAUUUUGUGCAAAAAUCCGCAUUCUUCCCAUAUAGAUGGGUGCUCAUGCAAUUCGGUGCUUUUAUUGUACUUUGUGGUGCCACCCACUUCAUUAACCUCUGGACUUUCAGUAUGCACUCUAAAGCUGUUGCUGUGGUGAUGACCAUUGCAAAGGUUGCUUGUGCUGCCGUGUCAUGUGUAACUGCUUUGAUGCUUGUUCACAUUAUUCCUGAUCUUUUAAGUGUCAAAACUCGGGAAUUAUUUCUAAAAAACAAAGCUGAGGAGCUUGACAGGGAAAUGGGCCUCAUUCUUACUCAGGAGGAAACUGGAAGGCAUGUUAGGAUGCUGACUCAUGAAAUUAGAAGCACAAUUGAUAGACAUACUAUAUUGAAAACGACACUUGUUGAGCUGGGUAGGACAUUAGGCCUGGAGGAAUGUGCAUUGUGGAUGCCAUCACGAAGUGGUUUGAAUAUGCAACUUUCACAUACUCUAAACUACCAUAUACAAGUGGGGUCCACCCUGCCUACAAACCUUCCUAUAGUCAAUGAAGUCUUCAAUAAUGCUAGAGCAAUGCGUAUACCUUAUACGUGUCCUCUUGCUAGAAUUAGACCUCUUGUAGGAAGAUAUGUGCCACCUGAGGUUGUUGCUGUACGUGUUCCUCUUUUACAUCUGUCAAACUUCCAAAUAAAUGAUUGGCCUGACCACUCUGCAAAGUCCUAUGCAAUCAUGGUUCUUAUUCUCCCAACAGACAGUGCAAGAAAAUGGAGAGACCAUGAGUUGGAGCUUGUUGAAGUUGUGGCAGAUCAGGUUGCUGUUGCCCUUUCACAUGCUGCUAUUUUGGAAGAGUCCAUGCGGGCUCGUGACCAGCUUAUGGAGCAGAAUGUUGCCUUAAAUUUGGCUCGUCAAGAGGCAGAGAUGGCUAUUCAUGCUCGCAAUGAUUUCCUAGCUGUUAUGAACCAUGAAAUGAGAACACCAAUGCAUGCAAUUAUUGCAUUGUCUUCACUCCUUUUAGAAACCGAGCUAACUCCAGAGCAAAGGGUUAUGAUAGAGACAGUACUAAAGAGUAGCAACCUUUUGGCAACACUUAUCAAUGAUGUUCUAGAUCUUUCUAGGUUAGAAGAUGGUAGCCUAAAAUUAGACAGUGAAACAUUUAAUCUUCAGGGGAUUUUCAGAGAGGUCAUUAACUUAAUUAAGCCCAUUACAUCUGUGAAGAAGCUGUCUAUGACUUUGAUUAUGGCCCCUGAUUUGCCUGCAUGUGCUGUUGGUGAUGAGAAACGGCUAAUGCAAGCUAUUCUAAAUGUUGUGGGUAAUGCAGUGAAGUUCACCAAGGAGGGUUAUGUGACAAUUGUAGCUUCUGUUGCAAAACCAGAUGCUUCAAGAGACUGGCCUGAAUGUUAUCCGGUGUCAAGUGAGGGCCACUUCCACCUGUGUGUGCAGGUUAAGGAUUCUGGAUGUGGUAUUCAUCCACAGGACAUACCUCAUCUUUUUACCAAAUUUGCACAACCUCGUAGUGGAUCCAGUCGAAAAAAUGGCAGUGCAGGCCUUGGACUUGCCAUUUGUAAAAGGUUUGUAAAUCUCAUGGGAGGUCACAUUUGGAUAGAAAGUGAGGGUGCGGACAAAGGCUGCACAGCUACAUUCAUUGUUAAGCUUGGAAUUUGCAACAGUCCAACUGAUCCAUCUGAGCGCAAGGUGGGAACCAAAGGCCAAACAACCCAUGGAAGUGGUGAUCUAACCAGGCAUAAACCAUUGUAUCGGGAUAACAAUGGGUCAACUUCAUCAAAUCCCCGAUACCAAAGAAGUUUUUAGAUGUUUGGUGGGAGAAGCUGUCUGGAAAAGUAGGUAGCUUAUUUAAAUGGCAAUGCCCCAUUUUGAUAUUUAUUGCAGAACUCCUGCACAAUAAAAGUUUCUAAUGACAAAAUAUAUCGUUUUGUUUUCUGGUCUGUAUUUAGUUGCAAGUUGGUGAUGAUCUAUUAUAGAAUCCUGCUUUACUUGGCCACUAUAGAGGUAAUAUAUUGUAUUCUUCUGUAAAACUAAAUUGCAGAUAUAGUAGACAUGGCUGAGGCAUUCUUUCAAA